AUCUUUUUUUGGUCCAAGUUGAUGCUUAAAAUGGAGUCAAAUAAAACCUUUUAUGACAAAACCAAACAACUUAUGAGGAGGUAUGACAGUAGAAGCCUGCAUACCACCUGCCGGUGGGGGAAGGACCUACCAUGACUAAGGCGCAUAAUAACCGCAGAUUUUGCCGCUGAGCUCUCUUUUUCAGUUCAUUAACUGACUGAAAUCAGCAUCAUUCCAUGUUUCUGGUCAUUUGUUCCCUCUUGUGGAUUAAGUUGUUCCUGAUCAACUAACCCACAGUUGGGUUGUCAUCCUGAUAAGCAUGAAGCAAUAAAAAAAAUUCAAUUCCUAAACAAUUUAAAUGGUUGUCACGAAUUGUUUCAUAUAUUUAUAAUGUUUUAAAGCAUAAAAUUAUUCAUCACACCCGACAGAAAUGACCCGAAACUCAGUUAUCAACUACUAACUUUAUUUUAACUAAAUUUAUUUAUUUGAACAUUAAUUUUGUUUUCAUUUCCGAUUCUAACUUCACCCACAUUUCAACACGUGACACUGUUUAAACAAGCUGUCUUUUCAAAGUGACACUUUAUGCACGCCUGAUCAGUUCAUAUUUGAGAGUAGAAAGUGCAAACUAACCAAUAAUUUUCGUAUCCUAAUUUGGUUCGUUAUGUAUUAUGUAGAUUUUAUAUACUAUUUAGAUGAAUGCAAUUACUGAUCAGAGCACCUCUUCACCCUUACUGUUACACCCUGUACAUAUAAAUAUAUAGAGUGUCUAUUUUUAACUAUGUACAAAUACGUUUUUUACAUUACAUUUUUCAUUUUUUAUUGCAAAGGGCUCAUAGUCCAAAACUGUUUCUUAUUAUUCUUAAAGUGCUCUUAAAAAGCGAAUCCAGAGCACGUAACGAGCUUUUCAUAACCCUUAGUUUUCAUAAAACAUUGGAAGAUGACAAGAUAGAGUUAAUCAAGAUCUUUCGAAACCCUCACUUGCAAAACUUUCCCCUUACAGUAAAGCCAUGUUUAAGUUAGAUUUUGCUUCUAAAUGUUUUUGAAUUAGGUAUUGAUUUGAUUACUAUUUCCGGGCGAUUUUAAAAUUCAAUUUUUUCCAUUGGACAUGAUCGAUACGCUAGAAUGUUUUCUUUAGAACGAUAUUACUUAAUUUAAUUUUUUGUAAGAGUUUUACAGUAUUUUGUUUAUUUAUGACUAUGACGCUUUAAGAAUGUGGCGCCAGCAACACAUCAAUAAACAAUUUAAUAUAACUGAAAUUCGCCAGCUACCAAAAUGUUGUACUCGUUGCUGGGGUGGUUUGCAAAAUCCCCCCACUCAGCAACUGCGCGCCCCGACUUCGCGAAGACUCCCCUGUGACCAGAGCUUCGACUCCCGCAACAAUAAACCGACAAUUCAGCCGCUGGCUACUAGUAAAGCGCUUGUUCCUCGCUUCGCAGUUGCAAGUGUACUGUUAUGGCGCGAUGACUAAAUUUACGACCAGAUAAAACCUUGAAAAUGAUUAUUACACCUGUAGUCGUAUGUGCAUUGCUGCUUAAUCGCGUGACGGCGUCUGAGGAUCAGCUGGCUAAGUGCUGCUCUGCCGAAGAUAACUUGGUGAAAGUCAAAGCAGGAUUUACUUGUCAGCCGGAUAGCAGACGCAGAUUACAAAUACUAACCGAAGAAAACAAUUUUCUAAACGGUUCUGUUAGUGGUGAAUGCGUAGAGGUUACCGGCGACAAUUUUCUCCUCUACGAAGUGAAGAAGGAAGAACUGAACGCCAUCGCCGUCAUCAACGAGACAUUAUUUCCGAAAUGCUGCCCUUUGGGGUUCGUAUACGACCACGACCGCCGUUCUUGUGCUAUCGGCAAUAACAUUUCCCACGACUUCAUCAAGGGAAACUACCUAAGCGUUGGUUUACCUACAUGCAAAAUUAUUUUGGACAAGUUCUAUAAGAGCGUCGUUCAUAUAGAAACCAUUUUGGAUUUGGAUGUCGUGAGCGAGGGGUCUUUUUGCCUGGACCAGAAUAGUAAGGGUGGUUUCGUGGUACGAGAGUGCCAGGACAACUUGUCAAUAUGCCAGCGAAAGAGAUGUAUCAGAAAAUGCUGUCCGGACGGCCAAAGUUACGUAGGGGGAGCGAAUUGCAUGGACACGCACGUCUACGGGGUGCAGAUUGCUUCCCAGCAUUUUUCGGAUGGCAUAGAGGAUCCUGAAGAUAACUUCGAAGUUAUAUAUGACACGCGAUGCCCCAGGGUCACUCUCCUUGCCAACAACACCAUAUCCUACACUAUCGACAAGGAUGGAGUAUUCAAAUAUUACCACAACUACAGUGGCACGUUCAUCGAAAAAACCUACGACCAUCCCCAAUCGUACUGCAUCGAACAUGCGGUCAAAAAGGAAAAGAAUAUUGCCGGAUACCAUAUAUUCAACUGUCACAGCCAAACUGAGGUGAUUGCAAAGUUCGAGUUCACGCUCUGGGCGAAAAUUGCAUCGGUGAUAUUUCUGGUUAUCACCAUCGUGUGUUAUAUCGCCAUGGGCGAGACCAGAAACACAUUCGGUAAAAUUCUCAUAAAUUACUGCGUAGCCAUGAUGUUGCUGAUGUUGAUACUGACCAUUGCGCAUCGCUACCUUAUCGUUUCCAGAAUCGAGUGUAAAAUCAGAGGUUAUUCUAUCAUCCUCUUCAACUCGGCGCUAUUCGCUUGGUUGAAUAUCAUGUCUUUGGAUAUCUGGUUUACAUUUGGAACACCGAAAAGGAGUAUUGGAAGGGAUCAACGGAAAAAGGACUUAAAAAAGAUACUCUUGUAUUGCCUGUAUGGAUGGGGAAUGCCAAUUUUUCACACUCUUUUGAUCCUGACUCUCGAGACAUUCAAAAUUUUACCAGAAUCCAUUCAACCAUACGUGGGGAUAUUUUUUUGCAUCCUCGAGAAACGUAAUUACGCACAUAUAGUGUUUCUUUUGGUACCUCAACUAAUACUUCAGAUAAUCAACACUAUCCUUUUCAUCAAAACCAUCACUUAUUGCAUAAAUGUAAAAAAUGAAAUAAGCAAAAUGAAUGACACCAAAGGAAGAAAGGAGAAGACCAAAUUCGCAAUUGAUAAAGACAGGUUGAGCCUUAUUAUAAAACUGGCCGUGAUCAUGGGCGUAAUUUUUGUCUUCGAAGUUAUUUCAGCAUUUUUCGAUAUGAAUAAAAUCAGUAGCUUCACGAAGAAUUUUGAAAUUGUAAUGGAUACCAUUACCUGCUUGCAAGGUGUCUUCAUAUUUGUGAUAUUCAUCUUCAAGAAGAAAACGCUGCAUCACGUGAAACUAAAGCUAGGCUUGAGCGAGAGAAGAACGUCUUACUCCACCUCUCUAACAAGUCACUUGCCACCAAAUGGGGUUCAGAUGGACGUAGUCGGUAAAGGCAGCGUAAACAGUACAUGAGCUUUUUUCUGCUGGUUUUGCGAUUGUUUGGAAACAAGUUAUACGAAUUAAAGGCUGAUUUUUUUUGUUGCAGUGGAAUGCUGACUACCGCAUUUUUUUGUAAAGACUGGAUUUAAGUAACUGUCACGAAUUUUAAUUAGUUUAAUAUCUGUAUAGAUCAGAAUAAAGUAUAUAAUUAU